CUGCCGCCGGCGCAGCGAGCGGAGACGGCCGGGCCGCGGCGACCUGACCCGGACGAGCGGCGCGCCCGGGGGCCCAGGCAGGGGGCGGGAGGAAGCGCGGGGCUGCGCCGGCCGCCCGGGCCCAGGAGAAGCGGAGCAGAGAGGAGCUGGGACACGGGCGGGGCCGCCGCAGCUCCGGAUGGGACCAGCGCCCUGGGCCCGUUAGUCCAAGCAGGAGCUUCGGGAGAAGCCUUCUCAGGGAGAUUCACCCCUGCCUUCCCUCCCCUCCGGCCCAGGCCUCGCUUCGCUCCCCGCCGCCCAUGGUCCCAGUCCUUCCGCCGCGCCAGCCCCCUCCCACCUUAUCCCCCUGGUCCUCCUUUCCGCAGCUCUCUGCCCUCCUGGCCCCUUCGGCUGUGAGGUGCCCCCCAGGCCUUCUCUUUGUACCAGCCUGCCCCCCACCCCCACCCCAUCCCAGUCUCGGAUCCCCUUUUCCUUCUCAGCUUCAGAUUCAUCAGCCGACUUCACCCCUCACUGUCCACAUCCCAGUCACAGGCCCCCUCGGUCCUUCCGUCCUCCUGCCACCCUACCCUUAGUCCUCCUCAGUCCCUGCCCUGGGCUGCUGGACCCAGUCCUCACCCGCUCCCUGGGGCUCCCUUUCUCCCUCCUCUUCCUCGCCCGUCCCUGCCCCUCUCCUGUGUCCCGGCCCUCCUGGCUCAUCAUCACUUCUCUUCUGGCCGGUCUUCCCCUGGUUCCAGGCUGGGUGGUGCUGGUGUCUCCCCCGUAGGCCCGCCUGGCCCUGGGUUCUGGGGGCAGUGGGGCCGCCGCUUUCUCCCCAUGGCACUGCCAUCUCUCCUGCUGGUGGUGGCAGCCCUGGCAGGUGGGGUGCGUCCUCCCGGGGCGCGCAAUCUGACGCUGGCGGUGGUGCUGCCCGAACACAACCUGAGCUAUGCCUGGGCAUGGCCACGGGUGGGUCCCGCUGUGGCCCUUGCCGUGGAGGCGCUGGGCCGGGCACUGCCCGUGGACCUCCGCUUCGUCAGCUCUGAGCUGGACGGCGCCUGCUCUGAGUACCUGGCCCCUCUGCGCGCUGUGGAUCUCAAGUUGUACCAUGACCCCGACCUUCUGUUGGGCCCGGGUUGCGUGUACCCCGCUGCCUCUGUGGCUCGCUUUGCCUCACACUGGCGCCUUCCCUUGCUGACCGCGGGUGCUGUGGCCUCUGGUUUUUCGGCUAAGAGUGAGCAUUACCGAACCCUGGUGCGCACUGGCCCCUCUGCUCCCAAGCUGGGUGAGUUUGUAGUGACGCUCCACGGGCACUUCAAUUGGACUGCCCGUGCUGCCUUGCUGUAUCUGGAUGCUCGCACAGAUGACCGGCCUCACUACUUCACCAUCGAGGGCGUCUUUGAGGCCCUGCAGGGCAUCAACCUCAGUGUACAGCAUCAGGUGUAUGCCCGUGAGCCGGGGGGCCCUGAGCAGGCCACCCACUUCAUCCGGGCCAACGGGCGCAUUGUGUACAUCUGUGGCCCUCUGGAGAUGCUGCAUGAGAUCCUGCUGCAGGCCCAGAGGGAGAACCUGACCAACGGGGAUUACGUCUUCUUUUACCUGGAUGUUUUCGGGGAGAGCCUCCGUGCGGGCCCCACACGCUCCAUGGGCCGGCCCUGGCAGGAUAAUCGCACCCGGGAACAGGCCCAGGCCCUCAGAGAAGCAUUUCAGACGGUAUUGGUCAUCACAUACCGAGAACCCCCGAAUCCUGAGUACCAGGAAUUCCAGAAUCGUCUUCUGAUUAGAGCACGGGAGGAUUUUGGUGUGGAGCUGGCCCCUUCCUUGAUGAACCUCAUUGCUGGCUGCUUCUACGAUGGGAUCCUUCUGUACGCCGAAGUCCUGAACGAGACCAUACAGGAGGGAGGCACCCGGGAAGACGGACUUCGAAUUGUCGAGAAGAUGCAAGGACGAAGAUACCGUGGGGUGACUGGACUGGUCGUUAUGGACAAGAACAAUGACCGGGAGACCGAUUUUGUCCUGUGGGCCAUGGGAGACCUGAUUUCCGGGGACUUUCAGCCUGCAGCCCACUACUCCGGAGCCGAGAAGCAGAUUUGGUGGACAGGACGGCCCAUCCCCUGGGUGAAGGGGGCCCCCCCCCUGGACAAUCCCCCCUGUGCCUUUGACCUGGACGACCCAUCCUGUGAUAAAACUCCACUCUCAACUCUGGCAAUUGUGGCGCUGGGCACGGGAAUCACCUUCAUCAUGUUUGGUGUUUCCAGCUUCCUCAUUUUCCGAAAACUGAUGCUGGAGAAGGAGCUGGCCAGCAUGUUGUGGCGCAUCCGCUGGGAAGAGCUGCAGUUCGGCAAUUCAGAGCGAUGCCACAAGGGUGCAGGCAGUCGCCUCACACUGUCGCUGGGAAAUGUUGUGGCCAUCAAACAUGUGAAUAAGAAGCGCAUCGAGCUGACCCGGCAGGUUCUGUUUGAACUCAAACAUAUGAGAGAUGUUCAGUUUAACCAUCUCACUCGUUUCAUUGGCGCCUGCAUAGACCCUCCCAACAUUUGCAUUGUCACCGAGUAUUGUCCUCGGGGGAGUUUACAGGAUAUUCUGGAAAAUGACAGCAUCAACCUGGACUGGAUGUUUCGUUAUUCACUCAUUAAUGACCUUGUUAAGGGCAUGGCCUUUCUCCAUAACAGCAUUAUUGCAUCCCAUGGGAGUCUCAAGUCCUCCAACUGUGUGGUGGAUAGUCGUUUCGUGCUCAAAAUCACAGACUAUGGCCUGGCCAGCUUCCGAUCAACCGCUGAACCUGAUGACAGCCAUGCCCUCUAUGCCAAGAAGCUGUGGACUGCCCCAGAACUGCUCAGUGGGAGCCCCCUGCCGACCACAGGCAUGCAGAAGGCUGAUGUCUAUAGCUUUGGGAUCAUCUUACAGGAGAUAGCACUUCGCAGUGGGCCUUUCUACUUGGAGGGCCUGGAUCUUAGCCCCAAAGAGAUUGUCCAGAAGGUCCGGAAUGGUCAGCGGCCUUAUUUCCGGCCAAGUAUUGACCGGACCCAACUGAAUGAAGAGCUAGUUUUGCUGAUGGAGCGAUGUUGGGCCCAGGACCCAGCUGAACGACCAGACUUUGGACAGAUUAAGGGCUUCAUUCGCCGCUUUAACAAGGAAGGUGGCACCAGUAUAUUGGACAACCUCCUGUUGCGCAUGGAGCAGUAUGCCAACAACCUGGAGAAGCUGGUGGAGGAGCGCACACAGGCCUACCUGGAGGAGAAACGCAAGGCUGAGGCUCUGCUCUACCAAAUUCUACCCCAUUCAGUGGCAGAGCAGUUAAAACGGGGAGAGACUGUACAGGCUGAGGCCUUUGACAGCGUUACCAUUUACUUCAGUGACAUCGUUGGCUUCACAGCUUUGUCGGCAGAGAGCACCCCCAUGCAGGUGGUGACACUUCUUAACGAUCUGUAUACAUGCUUCGAUGCCAUAAUUGACAACUUUGACGUCUACAAGGUAGAGACAAUUGGAGAUGCCUACAUGGUGGUAUCUGGUCUCCCAGGGAGAAAUGGUCAGCGUCAUGCCCCAGAAAUUGCUCGUAUGGCCCUGGCGUUACUGGAUGCAGUUUCUUCCUUCCGCAUCCGCCACCGACCCCACGACCAACUGCGGCUACGCAUAGGGGUCCACACAGGGCCCGUCUGUGCUGGGGUCGUUGGCCUGAAGAUGCCCCGCUAUUGUCUCUUUGGAGACACAGUGAACACUGCUUCUCGAAUGGAGUCUAACGGUCAAGCCCUGAAGAUUCAUGUCUCCUCUACCACCAAGGAUGCCCUGGAUGAGCUCGGAUGCUUCCAGCUAGAGCUUCGAGGGGAUGUGGAGAUGAAGGGAAAAGGAAAGAUGCGAACUUACUGGCUCCUAGGAGAGCGGAAAGGACCUGCUGGGCUCCUAUAAACCCUACUUCUUCUCAAGCCAGACAAUCCCCUGCUGCUGGUACCUGGGUGGGCAGUAGCCAUCAUCUCUCCAUACAUCAGAAGUGGACAUUGUCACAUGAGAUGGAAACCAACAUUCAUAAAACCCCCACCUUAUAUGGAAACUUGCCCUUUGCAGCUCAGUCUUGUACAUAUACCUGUCCCUCUCUGGCCUGGUCCCCUUCCUCCCUACCUUCUGUAAAUAUCUGUAUCUAAACCAGAAUAUUUUGGCCAAAUAUAAAACAAACAAA